AAGGGCCCCAGUUCCUCUUUCCUUCCCCUUCCAGUUGUUGGCCCAUCCCCAACUCUACCUUGCCUUAGGUACUCUCUCGAACCCUUCCCACGUCCGCCAUUCACCUCAACUUUCAACCACUUCACGUCUCUCUUCCACCAUUUUCCCUUCUUCCCACCCCAAUCCCAAACCACCACACACACCCCCUCUUCUCUUAUUCACUACCUCCCCUUAUUCUCAAUUCUACGGAUACUCUGCCGCCUUUCAAACCAAGCAAAUCCAGUCCAGCUGCAGUAUCCUUCUUCCCUCAACCACCUUACCUUACACUCACCUUACGCAUACCCGCCUGGCGAUUUCCAUGCAUCCGUAUUGACCGGACCGUGCCACAUCUCUUUCCCACCAACAGCAUGUGCUAACCCCGAGCCGCCGUUUUCGUCGUGACCACUAGCCAUUGUUUUCUCUCUUCUCCAUUUCUCUUCCAUCACCAACCAAACUUACUACUCUUCUUCCCCUUCGUCUUCCUCUAUCCUCCUUCCUACCUCACGAACCACCACGACGACGACCAUUCUACUGCUCUUGCCCACUACCCACCAGGGCCCCCGCCGCAUACGAACACUCGACUGACCUAUUCCUGUCGCGAGACUGGUCACCUGCCCUGCGCACCCUGCGGCACCGCCCCGAGUACGAGGAGGAGUUCGAGAACAGAGAGACACUUCGGUCCUGCCGAGAGACUUGGACCACCACAACCACCCCGCCGACGACGAGGACACAAAGCCAUUCACGGGAUUCAGCAGCGCUGUCCUCCGAUCUACAAUCAAUCGCCCGCCCGCUCGCCUGCCAACCGGCCUUUUCUUUCCAUUCUACAAACAUCAAUCGCGACUCCCGCUCCUUCCACGCCAAACGCCGCAACCAUUUCUUUAAUCAUUACGCCAACGUUGCCCCUCGCGGCCUACACAGUCUCGUCCCCCGAGACUGCCGCCAACACGUUUCCCUCGCGCAAGAGAAGAGAAAGAGAGAAGGGAUUCGGGCAGCCCAUUCAAAAGGUACACAGAACCAUGCCGUCAGCAGCGGCAAGAAGGAUCUACGAAGAUCAAAUCCCCUCCUUCAUGUCAGUUUUCGACCUUGACGCAGAGACAAUCGCCGCUCAAGAGACCGUCACUCUCGUCGACCCCAAAUUGAUCGAUAUGGAGACCACCGGAAAGCCUUUGGCCAACCCGGUCCAGUCCUUGCGACCAACCAUGGACCACUCUCACAAGCACCACGAUAGCACCUCAACUCAGGCGUCUGAGUCUGCCGAGUCUUCGCCCACAACGACGCUCUCAACAAGUGACUGCUCCCCGCUGUCGGACCCGUCCCCUUCAUCAUCACCCGAUUCUCCUGUCAACUUGAUACCCCUAAACUCUUUCCCGGCCACAUCCUUUGGCGGCCUUGGUCCAUUGUCUUCAAUGAACACCAUGUCCGCAGCAGAAACCACUAGCUUCGGCCGUCCGAUGACGUCUCCUUCGCCGCGUCGCCCUAAGAACAUGAAGGGACUGUCAAUUCAGCCGCCUUUCAUGGGAAAUAGUGCCUCAACACUGGUUUCCGAGCCCGCAUCGCCCUCUUUCAUCAAGCCGACCAUUCCAGCAAUGAGGCGCAAGCCUAGUCAGCUCAGCCUCAAGACCCAAACGUCAGAUCUGGUCAUGCGAAACACCCUCGAGGUCCCUGGCACCCCUGGUAUGGCGCCCAUUUUGCAGAGACGAGCCCUCAAGCACUCGACUUCGUCGCCUCAUAUGCUGCCCUCGCUGAAGUCUGCGACUUUCGGCCCUCCGGGUGGAAUGACAUUCCCCAAGGUUUUGGAAAGAAACGAGUCGGGUCUCUCAGAAUUUUUGAGGCCAACAAAGACUGGUAUGGGCCAGUCUUUCGACACGACAAUCGUUGAGGAGGAUUCGCCCAUUAGAACUCAGCUCGCGAGCCGCGCCGCCCUCGACUUCGAACCUUACCACGAGAACGAGAACAAUGAGGACCAGAAGACGCCGGGUUAUCCGGAUGGACCCAUCGCAAUUUACGAAGACAAUGUCUAUCUGUACUUGGAGCCGACCGCCGACGAAGCCUCCAAAUUCGACACCGUCAUCAAUGUUGCGCGGGAAGUUAAAAACCCCUUCAACUUCUUGCCCAAGUCAGACGAGGUCAUGUCAGACUCUCCUGCCGUCCUCAGCCCCAUUCCCGACACGGCUGUGUCAAACGCUAGCUUCUCUACCGCCUUCGAGUUCCCAACCAACGACAGACCGGAAACACCGACAACGCCCAAGGCCAUGUCAUUCUCUAUCAAGCGCCCAGAGUACAUCCACAUGCCCUGGGACCACAACACGGAUAUUGCGCAGGACCUGAUGCACCUCUGCGAGACCAUUGAGACACGGACGAAGGAGGGCAAGAAGGUACUCGUCCAUUGCCAGCAAGGCGCAAGUCGAUCCGCCAGUCUCAUUAUCGCUUAUGGCUUGUACCGCAACCCCGAGCUCAGCGUCAACGACGCUUACUACGCCGCCCAGGAGAAGAGCAAGUGGAUCAGCCCCAACAUGAAGCUCAUGUACUGCUUGCAGGAUUUCCAGAAGCAGAUGUCGAAGAAGAAGACCUCGCCUGGAUCAGCCUUCCGCCCGCGCACUGGACGAAGCCCUACCAAGCACCGCCUGACGCUCUCUGCAGAUGCGGCCAUUGACAUUGCACCCAAAGAGCCUUUGACCGCUCCUCUGCCUGGAGAGAAGGAAGGGAGCUCUGGAAGUUCGAGCCCGAAGAAGGGCAGCCCUACCCGUGCCAGAGGCCAUUCAACACCCGGCAGUCAGCCAAUCUCACCUGGUCCGUCUUCAGCGCCAUCAAGCUUCUCCUGGUCAGAAAAGGAGAACGACGAUUCUGCCAAGUUUGGGAACUUUGAUGUUGAUCGCUUGAUGCCUUUCAAGCCUACGCCGCCAGUUUCGGGCCUUGCACCACCAUCAUCAUCAUCGUUCUUUGCCAAGCCGCCGCCGUCGCCUGGCCCGCCCCCUUCUCCCGGAUUUGGAGCUCAUCUAUUCGGCCCUGCCGCUGGCUUUGGAUUUUCUAGUCUGAACCUUGGCCCAUCACUGGAACGCGAAGAGGACGUUGCAGCCCCCAAGGAUAGACACUUCAUGGUUGGCGCAGUUCCCGACGACGCGGCUCUCCUGUCACCCCGGGCCGAGACGAUGACGAAGAACCCGCUGCACGAUUCUCAUCACGGAUUUCCAGGCAUGCAGUUUGUCGAGGUUCCGCCAACUCCAAGCGAAGGUCUGUUCUCGCCUAGAGAAACAAUGUUCCCCAGGGAUCCUUUCUACCCCUUCGGACGCCCCACCCAGGUUGCCGACCCGCGCAGUCCGCCUACAAAAGGUGAAACGCCAAUUGUGAGGUCUAUUGAUGAGCUGCUAUGACCGCAGCCAGGACGGAACACACCGCCACUAGUCACUAGCACCAAACGCCCCGGGACCGAACUACCUCGGCGGUACUCGGCCGAACUUUGACUAUUGUUGCUAUUUUUUGCGACAUGGAACUAGUCAAAUACGCGUGCAUUGCAACAAUGCAGACCGUCGUUGUAAUCGAUACGAGGUUGACGGACACCGAGGCCUUGGACGAUUUCCGAAACAAGUGCACGCCAAACAGACGAAUAUCUCGAUCUGCAUCAAUCGAUCAAAAGGCAGUUGCAGGAGUCGUAUCGUCAAUGGCAAAGGACCGAAAAGGAGGACAACAGUGGAACUCGCCGACCAUUGUGUGGACGUGCAUACUUCCCAAUUCAUACGAACACCAGCCAAGCUCAAUGGUGCAUCCACCUGGAGUUGGCAUCUCUUUUGUCGUUUUCAAGCCUUUUUUUUUCAGAGCGCAGCGAGUGGCGAAACAACGGCUUUCGUCACGUAACCACUUUGCGGAAAAAGUACCCUACAACCAUAAACCAAAAUGUGUAAUUUAGAAUUGCGUUUUCACAACGCAAAUAUUGAAACGGAAAAGAUGGGAGACACGUCUCUCAUCGCUUGGACAUGGAUAGUCAAGGACCACCGGGGAUCGGCCAUCUUUCUUGCAAUCGUUUAUUGGCGUGCCCACUUUGGACGAGGGAGUUGGAAGGGGUUUUGGUACAGGCUUAUAUCUCAUGAGGCACUUUCCCAACGGGGGCCGGCUCACUUGGAAAGAGAGUACGGCCGUGAGGAACACUCACAAAGACACCAUGCUAUUUUCUUGUGUUUGAGGCUUGGGUUUUCUUUUUUCUCUUUUCCUUUCAAUGCGGUCCAUCUACGGAUGAGUCUACCGCAACGCAUAUGGAGUCCAAAGGAAAGCAGGAGAGGAUGAGACGAGGAUACCAUAACUGCAUGCAUG